AUGUUCAUCACCAACGAAAACGUCGGAGACCGUUCAAGAUUAGAAGACUGGAGAAUUCGUGGUUACGAUCCGUUGACCCCACCUGAUUUGUUGCAACAUGAAUAUCCAUUAACUGAUAAGUCAGCCAAAACAAUUUUGGAAGGUAGAGAACAAGCGUGCGACAUCUUAAAUGGAAAGGACGACAGAUUAAUUAUAGUCAUCGGGCCAUGUUCCAUUCACGACCCAGAAGCUGCUUUGGAUUACGCACAUAGGUUGGAAAAACUUGCACAAAAGCACAAGGGAGAGUUACACAUCGUGAUGAGAGCAUACUUGGAGAAGCCAAGAACCACCGUUGGCUGGAAAGGGUUGAUUAAUGAUCCAGAUAUCGAUGGUACUUUCAAAAUCAACAAGGGUUUAAGAAUCGCCAGAAAGUUAUUCGUUGAAUUGACUGAAUUGUUACCCAUUGCUGGAGAAAUGUUAGAUACAAUUUCUCCACAAUUCUUAUCAGAUUUAUUCUCUGUUGGGGCCAUUGGUGCCAGAACCACUGAAUCUCAGUUACACAGAGAAUUAGCUUCUGGGUUGUCAUUUCCAGUUGGUUUCAAGAACGGUACCGAUGGUACCUUGGGAGUUGCCGUUGACGCUUUAAGAGCUGCCUCUCACCCACAUCAUUUCUUGAGUGUUACGAAGCCUGGUGUCGUCGCCAUUGUUGGAACUGAUGGAAAUCAGGAUUGUUUCGUUAUCCUCAGAGGUGGUAAACAAGGUACUAAUUUCGACGAAGAAUCUGUAAAGGCUACUCAAAAGUCCCUUAUUGCAGCUAAGGUUGUCACUGAAGAAAAGACAGGUCCAAGAAUCAUGGUUGAUUGUUCUCACGGUAAUUCGAAUAAAGAUCAUAACAACCAGCCAAAGGUUGCUGCCGAAAUUGCUAGACAAAUUACUAACGGUGAAACUGGUAUUUGUGGAUUAAUGAUUGAAUCCAACAUAAACCCUGGCAGACAAGAUGUCCCACCUGCUGAACAAGGAGGUAAGAGCGCCUUGAAGUACGGAUGUUCCAUUACCGAUGCUUGCAUUGGUUUCGAAGAUACUGAGACUACUUUACAAUUGUUAGCUGAUUCUAUCAAGGCAAGAAGAUCAAAGAAAUAA